UCUUCCGGGUCUGGGAGGCCCUCUGUCACAGAAUUCAGUCAACAUUCAUGGAUGAACUCGCGUCCUUCCAUGAGCUGAAGAAUCCCCGAAAACAUCUUUUUCAAGAGGAAAAUGUCCAAGUUUGAGGAUCUGGAGGAUUUAUUCAGACGGCGGCUGUUCGCUGCGGCUCGUAGAGACUUUAUGGAAGAAAGAAAAACACCGUCCGGGUACGAAGAGGAGGUUCAGAGACAGAGAGAGCUGCUGAGGGUGAUUCUAACUCCUGAGAUCAAACUGAGGAGAACAGGUUAGUAUUCACUGAUGUUCAUGAAGAGGCUGAACCUCGAGAUGAAAACAUCCUCACACUGAUAACUCUGAAUGAAAAUAAAAAUAGAUUUCUGAACUCAAAGUUUAUUUAUUUAUUGUCUCAUUUAAAGAAGGAGAACCACUGUUAAGUUUUGUUUUUUUGGAAGAUUUAGACUUUAUCCAAACCAUUUUCUCACAGGAGUAAAGUCCUGAGAAAAUAACCGCUCUUGUAUUAUUUUGUACUCAUGGUCAGUGCUGCAGCAGCGACCAUGAGUGCUGCUGAAUGACUUGAAAGGUAUGAAAGAAUAUAUACAUGAAUAUAAGUACGAACAGGCUUUAGUAUGUACAGGCUAUGAACAGAUUAUACACAUGGUUAUAAAUAUGAAGGCUAUACAUAGCAGGGUUUUUCCUGCGUUCAAAAUUGCGUGGCGGCCGCCUCCACCUAAUUUUGUGCCGCCCCCAGCCAGAGCGAUUGAUUUCGCUCAACACAGCGUAAAGCUCCAGCUGUGUUGAUUGAGCGAUUGAUGUCCCGAUGCAGCAGCAACGUAUUUUAACUGCAGUUGCAGCGUUGCGCCACUAUAGGGGCGCUAUAUCAACAGCAGUGCACCGGAAAGACCUGAAGCAUCUACCGAAGAAGAAACGGAUCGAAUCAUGUUUUUUCAAGUGUUUUUCCCGCUAGUUGGUGCUAUCGGCGUCCUGAUUUUCCCUGGCGGAUGGUACAAACAGGUAAAUACUGCUUCUCUUUUUUGCAUCCAAGCAUGUCGUGUUUAUUUUAAAAAAAAGUUUACUCCGUUUUUAGCGUUGCAGUUAUGACAGGCAAAAUCAGCCAGUACUUUAAAAAGCGACCUCGCGAGGAGGAAAGUCAAGAGUCCAGGUGAAACACAGUAGAGAUAAAAACGUAACAGGCAGUUAAAAUGCUAUAAUUCAUGGUGGAGACAACGUGGAAAUUUGUGUCAGGUCUGAAAGUACUUCACAAGGGACUGGUGAUCGCGAGGGUCAGAAUGCAGGACAGGACGAGUCGGCGAGGCGAGGGUAAUUAAUUAAUUAGUUUCCAAUUAGGAGCAUAACAACGCAAAGCCGACGUGUACGUGGUUUUUAUUCCUCUUUCCAGAUCUUCUCAAAAACACAGAGCCAGUGGCUUUGACAAGCAGUGGCUCAAUCAAUUUACCUGGCUCAGGCAUACUGAGGAAGGCAUGCACUGCUAUUUAUGCCAAAAGCACUGUGCCCCAACACAGCAGGCAAUUGCUGCGUCCUUAGUGAGACAGCCAUCAACCAACUACAGGCUGGACACAUUAAAAAGACAUGAGGUGACAGCCAUUCACAAAGCAGCAGAAGAGAAGGAGAAAUAUAUUAAAGAUGGUAGUACCUAAAAAACUCAACUAAUAAAGUUACAAAAAAUAAAUAACAUAGUUUAGAUAGUUUAAGAAAUAAUUGGUUGUCGUUUUUUUUUAGGGAGGACACUGCAGCGUAUACAUAUAUAUGAUGGAAAACACUAUCACUCUUCAUGUCUGUAUCAGAAUAAAAACAAAAAUACUUAAUGCAUGAUGAAUUGUUUUGUUUAAGGUGAAGACACCUCUGCGGAACAGACUGAAGGAGAGGCACUUGGAUGUCUGUUGUAAGGUGGCCGUUGAUGGACCAGACCAGGAGGCCUUGGACUACAAGGAGUGCAUGAGGAGGUUCUACAGAAUGAAAAAGAGGAGGCUGAAAUGUUCUGUCUGGUUGCGAGAUGUGUGGAUGAAGUGUACUUUCAAUUUAAAGUUGCCAGCUGAUUUGUGUAUGUAUAUAGUUUUAAUAAAUGAAUGCUUUAACAUGAUAAUGGUCACACUCUUUUUUGAACUCUUAACUUAAAGUAUGUUGCCUGUAAAAGUAAGUGAAUCGGUUGAAUUUACAAAUACAUGCACGUCGUGGCGCACGGUCAGGAUGGUGCCACCUCUGCCUCAAUUUGAGCCAGGAAAAACCCUGCAUAGACUAUAAAUAUAAAUAACAGAUAAAUUAUGCUGUCGUGCAAAUGAGGUUUGAAAGGUUUCUAAGUUGGUUUACAGAUAUAGAUAGAUAGAUAGAUACAUAGAUACAUAGACAGAUGCCACACUGUAAUGCAGUUGAUCAGGAUGCUCUCCAGAUUAUGCAGCGAUAGAAGUUCACCAGGAUGUCUGAGGACAGGUGGAAGAAGAAGUGCAGCACGUCUUUUAACCAACACCCUCCAUCACAGUCACAUCACUCCCGUUCUCCUCCCAGUUAACUUCAGGAUCAUUUUUUAACUUUUAAUAUUUGUUUUCAGUCAUGCUCUUGCUCCAGUAUAUCUGUCUAACUGCUUCACGCUUAGACGACGCUGUAGAGCCCUCCGGUCCUCAGAACAACUGCUGUUGGAGGUUCCAUCUUCAGAUUUGAAACACUGGGAGGAUCGUACCUUUUCAAUAGCAGCCCUGAAAUUAUUGAACUCUCUACCCCCUGAACUACUUUUUAAUAAUGAACUGUCACUUUUUAAAACACAUCUUAAAACUCACCUAUUUAAACUUUUUAAUAGCUUUUAAUAUCUAGUGCUGUUUGCCAUUUGCUAUUUGAUCGUUUCUGUGUUCUCUUACCUUUUCAUUGUUAUUUGUUAUUUAUGUAUUUGAAUGUAUAAAGCACUUUGUUCAUCUUUCCGGAUGUUGUAAGGUGCUAUAUAAAUAAACAUUAUUAUUAUUAUUAUUAUUAUUAUUAUUAUUAUUAUUAUUAUUAUUAUUAUUAUUGUGUGAGGGAAACACUGGCUGUGAAUCCUCACCUGCACAAUCUAAAGUUGCACAAGAAAAGCCAAAAGCUAAAUAUUUUGCUUCAAUGCUUUAAAGUUUAACAGUUCAUUUGUUGAUUAAUUGAUUGAUUGAUCAGAUUGAUGUCUAAGAAAAUAAACAAGUUUCCAUAAUUUAUGAUCAAGAACAACAUGACCAUCAUUAGUUUAAACUUCUUCUUGUGUCUUCUUCUGUUUCUAGUAUUUCCUGUGGAUGUCCAGCAGCUCUCAGUGGUUAAAAAAGAGCCUCAUGAGCAGCAGGAGUGGAGCCCCAGUCUGGACCAGGAGGACCCUAAGACCCCGUUUAAGCACAUUAAAGAUGAAGAGGAGGAACUCUGGAGCAACCAGGAAGAGCAGCUUCAAGGCACGGAGGAAACUACUGAGUUACCUUUCACGAUCGUCACUGUUAAGAGUGAAGAUGAAGAAGAGAAACCAGAACCUUCAGAGUUUUAUCAAACACAAACUGAACAGCUGGAAACUGAAGAUGACCGUGAGGACCAACAGGGAACAGAACAAGCUAAGAACUUAGAUUUGGAGAGACCAGAGACCAAAGUCAAGACUGAGGACUCAUCUGAACUUGACUCUGAAGACAGUAAUAAUAAUCCCAAGGAGGUUGGAGAUUAUCAGCCAUAUCCAAAACCUCAUGAAAUCAUCGCAGAGAAUGAACCAAAAAAGAAUAAGAAAUCCUUUUGUUGCCUUCAGUGUGGAAAUACAUUUAAAAGAAACGGAAAUCUUACCAAACAUAUGUUAAUUCACACAGGGGAGAAACCCUUCAGCUGCACCACCUGUGGUAAAAGAUUUGCCCGUAGUUACAAUCUGACACAACACAUGUCAGUUCACACGGAUGAGAAACCAUUUAGCUGCUCUACAUGCGGUAGAAGGUUUAAUUCAAGACGCGGGAUGAUAAACCAUCGGUCCGUUCACAGUGAGGAGAAGAAAUUUAGCUGCUCUGCAUGUGGUAAAAGAUUUAAUUAUAAGAAAAGUGUCUCCAGGCACAUGUUAAUUCACGCAGGGGAGAAACCCUUCAGCUGCCCCGUUUGUGGGCGAAGAUUUACAGAGAAAGGAAACCUGACCAAACACAUGAUUGUUCACACCAGAGAGAAACCUGCGAGUUCCUCUGAGGACGGAAGCAUCCAUGAGGAAAAUCUGUCCGAACACGUGUCGGCUCACGGUGGAGAGAAACCCAUCUGCUGCUCCGAGUGUGGCGCAACAUUCACCCAAAAAGGAAGUCUAAGCCAACACAUGAGACUCCACACAGGAGAGAAACCGUUCAGCUGUUUCUGGUGCUGUAAAAGCUUUCACUUCAGAGGAAACCUGACGCAGCAUAUUUUAGUUCACACAGGCGAGAAACCGUUCAGCUGCCCCCAGUGUCACAAAAGAUUCGCCAGAAAAACGGGUCUGAUCAGACACAUGCCGAUUCACACAGGAGAGAAUCCUUUCUGCUGUAUUUACUGUCCCAAAAACUUUUACUCAAAAAAAAACUUAAACCGACACAUGAUGAGUCACACCGGGGAGAAACCCUUCGGCUGCUCUGAGUGUGGGAAAGGAUUUACCCAAAAAGGAAAUUUGAUUCGACACAUGUCUGUUCACAGUGGAGAGGAAGCUUUCAUCAUCGAGAGCACUGAAGUGUGAAGACACACAGUUUGUCUCCGCAGACGUUUAGGAUAUCACUGAUUAGAGUUUUAAAAAUGUGUAAUACCGUACAGACACAAGACAAAACACGACACAGAAAUAGGAGUGCGCUCUAUGAGCCUGAGACUAUUUAAGAUAGGAAAUGAGAAAUGUAUUCAUGGUGUUUUCCUACCACAUCUUCUGACCAAAGUUUGACAAAAGUGUCUGAAGUUCACUCUUCUGCAGGGACCACCUACUCUAGAUGUCCUCUUCAUCAUCGUAGCACCUGUGACAUAAGUUUAGGCCAUAAAGUUUUUAAUGCACUUUCUGGACCCACCCACAGUCAGAGGCACAAACUUUGGACUUAGUCAUUUUAACCUCGUCUUGUCGAUUUUUCAGUCGUUGCAUUUUUUAAUGUAAAUCAUCUGACAACCUCAUAAUUUCAGAUAGGUAACAGAAAAAGUAAGAUGCUGCUUGAGCUUCGAUUCUGGUAGAGGAACAGUAAAUCCUGCGUUGAAAUAAAUGUUUAAUUAAUGUCAAAAAUGUUACUGUUUGAAGACAAACUGACAUUUAAAUCAAUAUUUUUACCAGUAUAACAGCGUUAAAUAAGAAGUUUAGCACUAAUGAGGAAUCCUACAUGAGGAAACUUAGGUGAGAGUUGCUGUUUUCCCUGAAAAUGACCAGAGUGCUUUGUUUUCAUGAGGCAUAAUGUUGCUCAUGGAUAGUAAAAGCAGAAUUUCUUGUCACGUCUAAAUAAAACAUAAUAAAAUGUGUUGUUGCACCUGAAUUCAGAAGGUGUCAUAGUAAAGCAGAUGAUCAUUUAUGUUCCAUAAAAGAUGUCUGGAUCGCUUCUGUUCAUGGCAUCAUCAGUUGAUAAUCCUGAGGACAUCUUGGACUGAAAACAUGAGAAUUAUUGACAGUAUUGCACUUCAUUUUAUCAUGAAAUCCACAAUAAAACAACAAGAAAAGAAAAUACAGGCCAGUUAAUUCUUCUUCUUCACAGUCAUGAGUGAAAAUAUCAACAAAGGUGAAGAGUUCUUGUCUGCUGUCGGCAGAAUUAUUAAUCACGCUAAAGUCCAAACGGAGGGGCAGUCUUGGGAGUGUCUGUGAUGUGCCUGUUCUGCAUGUUUUGAUGUAUGUACAAUAUAAAUAUCUCAAAACAUCUCAUGUUUGGUAUUUUGUAAGCUGAAGUUAUUUUUCAUUUUCUGUAUUUCAAUGUGUUGUAAUUGUGCCAUGUAACUAAAGCUUGGCUUGACUUCCAUAUGACACACAGUCCAAAAUAAAACAGGCCUGGAGUCGGGGACCAUGGUAAUUAUGCACAGGGAAUAUUAAAGUGCUGAAUGCUAAAGGGCAGAUUCCUAGCUUGUAUUGAUGUUAUUAUAAAAGUCAUAUUUAUUACUGUAUUUUAUUCUGUUAAUUACUCCUUUUGCCAGCUAAUAAAUGCUCCAUCAGUCACCUGUCGUUUGUCUGUACAUGUUCCUUUCAAGCACAAACUGCAGUCCUAGUUCCAGACAAGUUUGAUCACUGUGGUGUAAAAUGUUGAUGAAAAUAGAUUUUGAUGGUUUGCACUUCAUUUGAUCCAUGUUUAAUUAACUGAAUGACCAUAUCACUUAAAAAAACAAGUUAUUUUGCAAAAGGUCAGUUAAUGACAGAUGCUAUCGCUCUUUGAGAUUCUGUAUGAGCAACAAUUUCAGAAUAAAGUUCUUUAAAUGAU